UAUUAUCAUUACUGAGUUUUUUCGCUUAUUGUUGUUUUCCUUUUUCCCCAGUCGCGAAGUGCGUUAAUAUAUACAUAGAGAUAUAUCUCAAAAUCCAGACAAACUGGAGAAGUGGAAGAGAACGCGAAACUCCACCAAAAAGAUGGAUGAGCGAGGAGGCGGUGGUGGUGGCGGGGGCGGCACUGGAGGAUCAACAACAACGGGCAACAACAAAUCAGCUGCUGCUGCUGGUGCAGCUUCUUCGGCGGCGGCGCCUGUUGAUAAGCCAACGGUUUUGGAAGGUGUUCUCCACAACAUCUUCGAUGGGCUGACGGACAAGGAGGAGCAGGUGCGCGGCGCCAUGCAGCAAGCAAUUGUUAAGAUUUUGGAAACGCAUCCGGAAAGGGCUUCGGAGAUCCUCAGCGAUUACCGCGCUAAGCAGCCUAAGAUGAGCGAACAAACCGUAGCCAUGCUGCUGGACUGCAUUCGUCGCGUGGUGGGUGCGGAAAAUCCCCUACCCUUCAGUGCCAAUCAGAAACUGAUUGCCCUGGCCCUGGAGGAGCUUACCAGGAGCCCGGAGCACGUGCCUCUGAUACAGAAUCCCGCCCAGCGUAUACUCGUGGCCAUUGGCCGCAGCAGUCCCGAAAGCUGCGCCCAAGUAAUGGAAGCCCUGCAGGAGAAGAAGGGACCCAAUCCCGAUGGCAGUGGUGUUCCCCACUUUAUGCUGAUGCAGAGUCUCGGUCUGCUGGCCACGGAGCAUCCGGCGGGUGUGGUGCCGCACAUCAAGGCGAUAUUGAGCAGAUGCCAGCCACAUUUGGGGGGCAUACGCCAGGAUCACAUCAAGCAGGCCCAUGCCUAUGCCAUCGGACGGUUCAGCGAGGCGUUGCUGGAGGAGGGCGGCAAGGCGGCAGAGGAUGAGGAUGCGGAUGAGGAGGAGAAGCGCUGCUCCACGGAGAUCAGUGUGGCCUACGAUGUGCUCUUCAAUCAAUGGCUGCACUCCCGCGAGCCCAAGGUCUGCGUGGAGAUACUCCAGGCACUGUCCAGCAUGUAUCCCCUACUGCCGCGGGAUCGGAUCCAGGACCAGGCAGCCAGGCUGGUGCCCCAAAUACUCGCCCUUUACCGCCGGAGCGUGGACAGGAAUGCCGUGACCCAGUUCCUCUGUUCGGUGCUAAAGACGAACCUGGCACUGAAUGCCCAGGUCCUGGAUGGCAUCAUUGAUCCAUUGAUCACCCACCUCUUCGAUCUCCUGUGCGUGUAUCCGGACUACGAGAAGCCCCAGACGGUGAAGGGACACUACGAGGUGCUGCGCUGCUUCCACCUGCUGGCCGGUGGUCAUCGUCCCUACUCGGCCCGGAUCAUGGACACCCUGCUCAUCCAUCUGCGGAACAACAGCGAACGGGAGCGGAUGAAGUCGCUGCUGAUACUCACCCAUCUGCUCAACUCGUGUGCCGCGAACAUAGAGAACCGCAUUCCGGCCCUCAUCGAGUGCCUGAAGCAGCUGAUCCUCAGCGAGCGGGGCAUCAAGAUGAAGCUGACGCUGCUCAAGACCAUUGUGGCGCUCGCCCAGAAAUCUCACAUACGGGACAAGGAGUUUGUGUGGUUCGUGGUGCGGCACAGCUGUCGCUACUCGAAGCCCAGCCAGGAGCACGGCAGCCAGGAGGAGCACGCGAACCUGGCGCUGAGCUGCGAGAACACCCUCUACAUGCUGGCCUCCACGGUGGGCACCCUGGACGAGCUGCUCAAGCGGGAGCUGCUUAAUUACUUUAUCCUCCUGGACUACACCGAUAUCUGCGGGAAUCUGGCCAAGUGCCUGGCCAGUUUGUUUGCCAAAUCGCCGCACAUUGAAUACGAUAUAGCGGCAGCGGGGGAGGAUGAUGUGACUGAGCACAAUACUGCCACAGAAGGUGCCGCCGCCGCAGCAGGAGGAGUCGUGGAGGAUCGUGGUGUUAGCAGUGUGGUGAAGCGCGGGAAGGUAAUGGUGCCGGGAGCAGAGACCAUCUAUGCCCGGUGCCUGGCCCUGCUGGGCAACCAGGAGCACUGCAUCAAGCGCUGCUCGAAUAUACUGAGCUUCCUGCGCUACUACCAUCCCCAGGUGAAUCCCGCCUUGGAGGAACUGUGGGAGCGGCGGAUACCCGACCUGCAGCUGCAGAUCAACAGGGAGAGCGCCUACCGGCAGCAGCUGCAUGACUUUGUCCUGGAAACGAACGAGUUCCUCGGCGGCCUGGACGAGAACUUUGCCCAGCGGCUGGCCUGCAAGCUGGCGGAUCAGAUGUACCUGUAUCCCGUCCAGCUGCCCCACUCCGAGUGGCAUCUGCCGGCGGACUUGGGUGCCGAGCGGGGCAUGCUGCUCCAGGCGGUGGCCCUUACCUUGCUCCAGGUGACCGAUGUGGCCUGCAUCCACACCAAGAUCGAUCUCAUUGUGACGAGCGCCCGGCAGGAGCGGCUGGACAAGCAUGUGAGGCAUGCGGACUAUGAGAGGAGAAUCGAGCCCUGCGCCCGGGCAUUGGGCUAUAUAUCGCGCCAGCAUCUGGGCCUGCUGGUGAAGAAGCUAACGGAGCUGGCCCAGGUGGGCGGGCGGAAGCACUCGACGGGCUUCUUUAGCAAUUUGCACUUCAUCAAGGACACGCACAAGGAGCUGGAGAACUACAAGAGCAACCUGCUGGUGGUCAAGUCCUUUGGCCGCAUCAUGGACGAGGCGGAUCCCCUGCAGUCGCUGCAGCACCUGGACGAGGACGACACCCUCCUGGGCUUCCUCAUGCAGCAGCUGGCCGGGCACAAGGAUCAAACCAUCAUGUCGGCCAUCCUGCAGACGCUGCUCAGCAUCUGCAAUCAGUUGAUAGCCACCAAGGAGCAGCUAACAUCGCCACUGCGCCACCGCAAACAGAUCAUGGAGACGGUGUUCAGCAUACCGAUCGAGGCCCCCUUCCACGACCUACCCCUGCUGCCCACCAUCCUCAAGCUGGGCACGGACUUUAUACGCAUCGGUGGUGGUCCCGACAGGACCGAGGUGGAGUGCGUGGACGGCGGCGUCAUCUUUGAGAUUGCCUGCCGCAACUUCUUCGGCUGCGCCCAGCAGCUGAAGAUGAAGUUCGACUCGCAGGAGGAGGACGAGCGGAACAGCUUCCUGGCCAAGCAUCUGAACGAAUCGCUGCCGCAGCUGAACGCCCUGGUGCGGGCCAUCGUCGAGCUGGAUGCCUCGCCGGCCACACUGGAUCUGAUUAUUGGAAUACUGGAGUCGUGGACCAGGGAUCGCAACUCGGAGGUACGCAUCUGCGCGAGCCAUGUCUUCAACAACACAUUGGAGGUGUACAUCAAGGCGAUGCGCAUUGGCUGCGAGGCCCCCUCGAAGUUCAAUCAGACGGGCCAGAUGCUGGGCAAGAUUGUGCCCCGGUGCAUUGAUUCCAAUGGCACUGUCCGCCAGGUGUCGGUAGAGAUCCUCCAGAAAACGCUAGAGAUAGCCUGCAUCUAUGAGACCCUCACGAUAGCCAGCAUCGAUAGCAAUGCCGACUGGCUAAAGGAGAUCGAGGCGAUCAAGGAGCACAUCAUCACCGACGAGCCCAAGCAGAUCUACAAUCUGGCCGGCGACAUAGCCAAGAUCAUAGCGCUGCGCAUCUCCAGCUUCCAGUAUUUGCAGUUCUGCAAAACCUUGCUGCAAUCUUUACGUGACCCGGAGCAGAGCUCCACCAUUGGAGCCAGCGUCGUGCUCAAGUUCUUCAUCCAACAGAAGGGCUCUGAGCUGUUCCAUGCCAUUCCCGAUCUCGUGCGCGACAGCCUGCUAGCGCUACAGGUGUGCGAGGUGCCCAGGGCCAAGUCUGGAGUCCUAAAAGCCCUAGUGGCUUUAACGAAGCAUCAUCCCAAGUUGGUUUGCGCCGAAAUGCUUAAUCAGCCGCUGCCCUAUGACCAGCAUUUGGUGGAGUAUUGGCACCUGGUGUGCACCGAUUCCGAGCUGACGGGCCUGAUGCUGGACAUAUUCCUGCAGCUGCUGAGCGGAGCAGCACUGCAGGAGGGUGGCGGCGGAGGCCAGGAGGCAGAGCGCCAGAGACUGGCCAGCGGUCAGCCGUUUGCCAUCUUUUGUGCGUUGCACGAGAUGCUGCCCUGCAAGGAUAUCAAGGGGCAACUGGAGGCCCGCUUUGCGGACAUGUUCAGCAUGCUGUUGACCUCUCUGAGCAGCUACACCAACCUGGCCGCUCCCAAUCCGGUGAUGGCCGCCUCCGCCAGUCCCAGUACGACCCAGCCAGCAGGCAAAUCCAAGUUCGGAUUCGUGCCCAACAAGGAGCUAAUCAAGCUGAAUCCCUGCCAAAUUGCUUUGGAGACCUUCCAGGCCUUUCUCACCAACCUGGAAAUGGAGCAGAUCGCCAGCGUGCUCAGCGUCAAUGCCCAGCUGGCCAGUAGCCCGGAUUGGCACAGCUACAUCGAGCUGCUGACCCCCAUGGCCAUUGGACUGGGCCAGCAGCUGCAGCUGGGCAGCCCCCAGAUGAGGCUUUUGGUCGGUUCGCUGAGCAAGUAUGUGGCCUCGCCACACGAUGGCCAGCGGGUGGCAGCGGUGGGUCUAUUCUCGCGUCUGGUCCCGUUGAAACCCACCGGGGAGCUGGCUGCCACCAUAUUGCUUCACCUGGGAGCUGCCCUGUCCGAUCCCAAUGCCGUGGUUAGGGGUCUCAGCAUCCAGGGCAUGGGCUAUGUGGGUCAUCUCAGCGAAAUGGAGGCCAAACGGUACUCGGAAACGGCCAUUUCGGCCUUGUUGAAGGGCGUCGACGAUCCUGUGGGCGACUGCCGCCUGAUCAACAUUCCGCUAGAGAGCAUGCGAGGUCUCUCGGGGAUUCUGAGGGCCCUGCCCAGCGAGCGGAUUGAGUCCUUCCACGUCUCCCUGGCCAUUCGAAUACGCCCGUUUCUGGGUAAUUAUGCUUUGGAAAUGCGCGAGGCGGCCAUCCAGCUGUUUGGGGAUUUGUGCGAGGGCGAGAGCGAGGGCGGAGGCUCCUCCUCACCCACCACCACCUCCUCCAUGGAGGCUUUGAAGGAGCAACUGCUGGCGAAUCUAUUCCCGCUUCUACUGCAUCUCAGUGAGGCGGAGGCUGUCAUUGUGACGGCCUGUCGGGGCACAUUGCAGCGGGUGUGCCGCCUGCUUCCAGCGCCGCGGGUCCUAGAGAUGGCCGAGCAGCAGCUGGGCGGCGAGGAGCGUGGCGUUCGCCUCAACUAUGCCAGCUUUGUGGUGGACUUUGUCAAGCUAAUUGCCCAGGAACUGACGGAGCACAUCCAGGACUUUAUAGACUCCUGCCUGCCGCAGUUGCGCAGCCAGUGGCCAGAGGUGCGAGGCAGUGCGGCCAUUGUGAUUGGCAUUUUGCACAACUUCCUCAGCGAGCGAAACCAGCACACGGAAUCGGUGGCCACCAAGAUCGCUGUGCUGCUCAAGGACGAGCAGGCAACGGUGCGCGUGAGGGCGGCCACUGCCCUCGGUUAUUUCUUUGGCGACAUCUAGGGACCAAUCCAUUAUCUCCUUUAAUUAUUAUGCGUGUUUCCUGUAUACUUAUGCCUUAGUAUUCUCUCCAAGUGUGUGAUCAUCCCGUGCUGCCCCAGCAAUUGUUUACCCGAAUUUUGUUUGUUUUGUUAAUCAAUCGAAAAUCCACGUUAUGUAUUAGAUACUACUACUAUAUAUGCGGCAUAUAUAUGCAUACGAUUCCCAUAUUUAUAUAUUUAUAAACAUGUUUUUUUUGCGGAGCGUUUUACAAGCUGUAAGGCAGUGUCUAUUGUUGGCAUUAAAUGUGUGUUUUCUAUUAAAGGAAAAAAAUAAAACAAAAAAGAAAAGACUCUUGUUGUGGACAAUAAUACCGAAUUUCUUCAGAUAAAUAUGUAAUAUUUUUUUUUCCAAUUGAAAUAUUUCUAAAAAAUUAAUAUUUCUCUUU